AUGAUCAUCCCGGUGCGCUGCUUCACAUGCGGCAAGGUGAUCGGGGACAAAUGGGAUGCAUACCUUGAACUCGUCCAGGCGGACUAUGACGAGAGUAUGGUGAAUUUACAUGAACCACAUAUCCAGCUUGAGUUCUGUGGUGAUUCCUGUGGAAGUGUGGACUAA